AAGGUUCAAACGGAGGAAGGAACCAUUUUUUCCCACACAUGAAUAUUCUUUGACCAUUAUUUCUCAACUGGCCCUGCAAAUAUUACCCAGUAAUAUUGACCUUUCACUGUCAUGUACAUCACAUUUUGCACAGUACAGUAUGUAUUGUGCAUUAUACUAUGCAAAGGAAAUUGAAAUAAACUAUAUUGGACAAACACAUAUUCAGUUCAAACUUAAUGAGUCUAUAUAACAUAUGCACAAAGAAAAGAUACCAUUCAUUGGUUGUUUCUCAAGAUGACCAGAAUUUUUUUUCUCAUUGUUUGUGCAAUUGCCACAAACUUCCUCUUUGCUCAAGGUGUUGUAUCAGUUCAUGAAAGUUGUACAAAAACAACAAGAAUAGUUUCCUUUUCUUUCAAUAUUCAGUGCAGAAGGUAAAAACUCCCCAAUUGAUAUGUGAUGCAUAUGUGAUUAAAAUUGCAUUAAAUUGUGGUAUUCGGACGAGAGGAGCAACAAUAAUUUGCGUCCGAUGUUUUUUGCACAAAGAGGGAAGAGGUAGAGAAGUGCUAAGAGGAAGAGUCGGUUUAGAGCAGAUUCACACAGCUGAGAGCACUGGAGUGAAGAGAGCAGGACAACAAGAAAACAGAGUUUAUCCUGUGGAGGGAGAGACUUGAGUGUCUCAAUCAUCGAAUCGGGAUGUUUGUUCUCAUCUGGGCUUCUUUGCUCUUCACUGUGAGAAGCAACAAUGCUAAUGCAGUUGCAUCUUCAGAAGGAAGAGAGUGCUCUCAAAAUGGAUUCUGUGUCACCCUUAGUGAAACAGAAAUAACAGCAGAGGCUGGACUCUGUGUUGUGAUACCGUGUUCUUUCACCACUAAUGCUGUCUUCACUUUGGAAAAUGCAAUUUGGUACAAGUGUGAUCCUUCUAAACAUAACUGUACUGAUUUAGACAUAACACUCCGCUUGAACAACUCAAAUGCUCAGCCUGAGUCUAGAAGACAGGUGUCACUGUUGGAGCCUGAUCUGAGUCAGAAUAACUGCAGCAUCAUCAUCAAUGACGUCACCAAAUCAGACUCUGGAUCAUAUCAGCUCACAGAUGGUUUCCUGAAUGAAACCACGGAAGGACACACAUCUCCUAGUGUAACUAUCACUGUAGCAGAUCUGACCCAGAAGCCCACAGUGAUGAUUCCUCCUCUGACAGAGGGACAGCAGAGCACACUGAGCUGCACUGCUCCUGGUCUCUGCUCUGGAUCUGAUCCUGAAAUCAGCUGGACGUGGAGAGGAGCAGGAGAGAAGGACUCUCACAUCACAGGAAACAUCACUGCUUUCAGGACUGAGAAUCUGACUGCUGUCAGUCAGAGACACAGCUCAACCCUGACCUUUAACUCUUCAGCUGAACACCACGGCACCAAUGUCAGCUGUAAGGUCAGCUUCACCAACAACAUCACUACAGAGGAGACUGUGACUCUGAAUGUAACCUAUGUGAAGGAAGUUAAAAUCACUGGAAAUUCAAGUGUGAAGGAGGUUGAGACUUUGAAUCUGACCUGUAGUGUUGAAAGUUUCCCUCCAUCUCUCAUCACCUGGACUAAACUCGGCUUGAACAGAACCUUGAACAAUGACACUGGAACAGCCACACUUGUCAUCCCUAACGUGACAGCAGAAUAUUCUGGACAGUACAUGUGCACAGCAAAACAUCAGGACAACACCCUGACGAAAGAAGUAAACAUAACAGUGAUAUAUGAAAAGAAACCUGUGAUCACUGGAAUGACAACCGUUAAAGAAGGUGAUGCUCUAAAUCUGACCUGUGGUGUUGAAAGUUUUCCUCCAUCUGUUAUCACAUGGACUAAACGUGGUUCCAACAACAACCUGCAAAAAGAAACUGGAAUCAUACUGCAGAAUGACACGGGAUCAGCCACUCUUGUCAUCCUUAACGUGACAGCAGAAUACUCUGGACAGUACAUCUGUACAGCAAAACAUGAGGACAACACCCUGAUGGAAAAAGUAAAUAUAACAGUGAUAUAUGUGAAGAAAUCUGAAAUAACUGGAAAGACGACUGUAAAGGAGGGUGAUGCUUUGAAUCUGACCUGCAAUGUUGAAAGUGUCCCUCCGUCUCAUGUCAUGUGGACUGAGUUCCCAUCCAACAAAAACCUGAACAAUGGAGCCGAUACUCACCUGCAGAACAACACUGGAUCAGCCACUCUUGUCAUCCCUAAUGUGACAGCUGAACAUACUGGACAAUACAUCUGUACAGCGAAACACCUGGACACAACUCUGACUAUGCAUGCCAAAGUCACUGUGACUUUUUAUCCAAAGAUCCUAAACAGUUCUGGAUGCAUAAAUCAGUCAGAGGUUCUGACCUGUGUGUGCAUCAGUGAGGGGUUUCCUUUACCCACCAUCAAAUGGCCGCUAUUGGAGAAUCACACUAGGUACUCUGUCAUUACCACGGUGUCACACCACACAGUCAACAGCACCGUCUCCCUAACUGUAAGAGGCCACAGCAACACUUCUGUUGAGUGUGUCAGCAGCAGUCAAAAUGGAGAAGUAAAAGCAAACGUCAUCCUGAACAAAGUAGAAGAAGAAGAUCAAAGCAUGAGUGUCAACGUGUUAACAAUGAUUACACGGCUGGAAAUUAUCAUUGCCUUUUUGAUUGGCGCUUUACUUUCUGCAAUCAUUUGCUGUUUGGUGAGAAAAUGUCACAGAAGAAAACAGAGGGUCUAUGGAAAUAGGGCUGAGACUCUGGAGAUGAUGACAUUUAACGGGGAUCCUCUGAUAGAUGCUGGUCAAGCAGUGGAAGAUUAUCAGGCCAUCGACCAAGUGGCAGCUGAAGCGGGUGGAGCUGUGGCGGCGGACAAAUCGGAUGUGGAGUACUCCAAGAUUGAUUUCUCCAAGAUUAAAAGAAAGACCCCAACAGAGGCAUGGAUGGCACAAGGGACCACAGAGACAGAGUAUGCUGAAAUUAAAGAAUCAAAGAAAAUGAAAGAAGAAGCAGAGGAGACACAAGAGGAAGAGGAAAUGAUUAGGGAGGGUGAAGAGACAAAACACUGUGUACCAGAAGAUAAGGAAGGUGAGGAAGUGGCACUGUAUUCAAAUGUGAAGGAUAUAAUGAGUCAGAUUUGAGGAUAGUGUUGCUUAGUUGUUUGAGGACAAAUUACUAAUGUAAUGUCCUCUGAUGAAAUGGCUUCUUGCUGUGUAUUAUUUCCCUGCAAUGGCACUGUGAUUU